UGGGAUGCACCUAUAAAUGCUUGCGUAGCACAAAGUUGCCAGACAGGGUGGACUUGAAUCAAAGUUGUGCCACAGUUAUGUUCUUGCUUGUAAGUUGUUUUGCGCUUGUGGCCUCCACACUGGGGUGUGGAGUGCCUGCUAUUAAGCCCCAGGUGAGUGGAUACAACAAGAUUGUUAAUGGCGAGACUGCAGUGUCCGGUUCCUGGCCCUGGCAAGUUUCUCUUCAGGACAGUAGCGGCUUUCACUUCUGUGGAGGAUCGCUGAUCAACCAGUACUGGGUUGUCACAGCUGCUCACUGCCGUGUGUCGCCGUCAAGCCACCGUGUGAUCCUCGGUGAGCACGAUCGGCAGUACAACAGUGAGCCCAUUCAGGUCAAGACCAUUUCUAGGGCCAUCACCCACUCUUACUUCAACUCAAACACCCUUAACUAUGACAUCACACUUCUGAGGCUCUCCUCCCCAGCACAGUUCAACUCCCGCGUGUCUCCUGUGUGCUUGGUCUCCUCCAGCACCAGUAUCCCCUCUGGAACCAAAUGUGUCACCACUGGAUGGGGCAGGACAGGACAAACCUCAAGCCCUCGUUACCUGCAGCAGACCUCCCUGCCUCUGCUCAGCCCUGCUCAGUGCAGAAAUUACUGGGGUACCAACAGAAUCACCGAUGCCAUGAUCUGUGCUGGUGCUUCUGGAGUGUCUUCCUGCCAGGGUGACUCUGGUGGCCCUCUGGUGUGUGAAAGCAGUGGUGUGUGGUAUCUUACGGGUAUUGUGUCUUGGGGCACCAGCAACUGCAACGUGAACACCCCGGCAGUGUAUGCCCGCGUGUCCUACCUGCGCAGCUGGAUCGACCAGACCCUUGCUUACAACUAAUCCGAAAAACACUAAUGGAAACGUAGUAAAGCUGAAGUUGGUUCAUAUUGUGAGUAAAUAGAACCAGUGUCUCAAAGGUUGCUGUUUGACUCAUUCUCAAGAAAUCAAGCAAUAAAAUCUUGAAGACUU